AUGGCGAUCCGACAAGCGAUUCAACGCAAUGUGCGAAAAGAAAAACGGGACAAGAUCUUGCUCGUGGCUGUGGCCAACCAAGGGAUGGCUGAAUACACGCUCAACUGGAUUGAAUCGCUCAAACGGACGGGCCAAGACGGCCAAUACCUCGUAUUUGCGAUUGACGAAGCGUUGCAAGCAACCCUCAAGAACGCAGGCUAUGGAGACCAUGUUGUCCAGAUCCCAGAGGCGUGGUUCCAUCAAAAACUGUCGAGCGGGUUUGCCAAAUGGUUGGACAAUGACUAUACGCCGAUCACACAUGCCAAGACGUUGGUCGUCGAACGGUUGUUGUACAUGGACCUGACCGUCUGGUUUUCAGACGUGGACAUUGUCUUUACCCACCGGGGCAUCUAUCGCUACUUGGUCGACAAGCUGAAUGCCAGAGGAUCCAAGACAGAGGUCUUGUUUACCCAGGAAACAGAACAAAAGAUCGUCAAUUCCGGGUUCUAUGUCAUGCGGCCGACGGACUUGAACAAACGGAUACUGGCCGAUUCUAUUCUUAUCCAGGAUAAACAACCCAAGGUCACACAGCAGAGGGCAAUCAACCGUGUCUUGGAUGAGCUGGAUUUGUCGUAUCAGACAAGUCCCGUCGUCUUGCUAGACCUGCCCUUGUUCCCGCAUGGCAGACUCUUUUUUGAACGUAAUGUGCCUGCAAAAUACGACUUGAAGCCAAUGAUCGUUCAUGCGAAUUAUCGUGUCGGCGACAAGAAAAAGGAAGCCCUGCAGAAUGCCAAUCUCUGGUAUAUUUAA